AUGGCUCGUACCAAGCAGACAGCUCGCAAAUCCACAGGAGGAAAAGCUCCCCGAAAGCAGCUAGCCACAAAGGCUGCUCGCAAAAGCGCUCCAGCCACUGGCGGAGUAAAGAAACCUCAUCGCUACAGGCCCGGGACUGUGGCUCUCCGUGAGAUCCGACGUUACCAGAAAUCGACUGAGCUGCUGAUCCGCAAACUACCGUUUCAACGCCUUGUCCGAGAAAUCGCUCAGGACUUCAAGACUGAUCUCAGAUUUCAGUCAUCUGCAGUUAUGGCUCUGCAGGAAGCCGCCGAGGCCUACCUAGUAGGUCUCUUUGAAGACACCAAUCUUUGCGCUAUUCACGCAAAGCGGGUGACCAUCAUGCCCAAAGACAUUCAACUUGCUCGUCGUAUCCGCGGCGAGAGAGCCUAGAAUGGCUCUCAGUUGCCCCACGUGGCAACCAACACCGGCUUUUUUAAAA